ACAACAGUCUGACAACGACAAGGCCUACUAGGGCAGAGUGUGUUAUCUUCCAUCAUCUGGCUUGAAUAUAAAUAUAAACGUAAAAUAUGGUCAGGCUCUUCCAUAUCAAAUGUGCUUGUACGAUUCCAAGAUUAUUAGAAAAUCUGCCCACAGAGAAAGAAAGAACCACAGAAGGCAAACAUCUGUAAUCCACUCUUAAAUCUGACAGUUUUUUCUAGUAAAUUUUCAUCUGUGGCUUGAUUUUCUGGAGAUCUAGCUCAUCUCAUUGAAAUUAAUCGUAUAUAGUAAUUCCUAUAUAUUCCUCUAGAGGGAAGCAUUAUACAAUUCACAGAAGGCCGUGGGAACGUUGGGAAGACCUAAUCUGGCAACAACCAGGUGCAUGAAACUCUUUUGUGAUGGCUGAGAUAUAUGCAGUGUAUUUAAACUAAUAUUAAACUCAAAAUCUAAAAUUCGCCCCCCUCAAAAAUCACAGAGCAGAAGUGGGUCCAUUUCAUAUGUGCUCCAAAGCAGCUGUGCAGUCUUUUCAAAAAUCGAUUUUGUAUUUAGGAAUAUGAAGUAUUUUCAAAACAGACACAGACAGAUGGGGGCAUAACACAUAUCUACAAUUAGUUUGUGAAAAAACAAUAUGUAAUAAACUGAGGAUCAACCACUUUAGCUGAGACUCUUCCAAAAGACUGCAUCAAAAUCAGACAACACAGGGGUUUUUAAAUGGUCGGCCAGCUCUAAAGGAAUUUGGUCAAUAUGUCCAAGUGAAAUUUCAGAUACGGUAAGAUUUAACAUGUGUGGUUUAUCUUUUCCCUUGGCCAAAGCACCUGUCUGUCUGCUAAUGUCCCUGGACCAAAUCUUCUCAUAUUCAGAUAUUGUCAGAUGUGAAUGUCUCGUCAAGUUUGGCUCUCAAGUACUCUGAAACAUCUGCUAAAAACAUUUACAUGGGACUAUGAAAGAUGUAGUACACAGCUGCUGGUAUGAGGAGAAUACUUAAGACCAGAAAGCAUCCAAUAUAUUUAAGUAAGCAAUUAUUACCUGUCUUUAGUAUCGCCAGUGCCUAUAAUGUUUGGUUAAUGUUUGUAUUUUGGCAGUUGUAUUUUGUGUGUGUGUGUAUGUGUUUGGCAGACAUAAAAAAGUAGUGAAGUGUGGAGAACAUUAAAAAGCAUUCAGCCAGUGAGAAUGUGAUUUAUUUUGGACUAAUGUCGGAAUGAGACAUCGGAAUGAGACUUUGGGGUGUUUUCAUGAAUUGUUCCCUUGAUUUUGCCCUUUUUUUUGUUUUGUUGAGCCACUCACAGAGAGAGGACACAGCGAGGCCUUCUGUUUAAGAUAUUAAGUGAUAUUAUUCAGUCCCAGAGAGGCCAUCAGGUUCCUCCAUAAAGCCCCAAUAAAAGCAAAUGUGAAACACGUUUGGUGAAUGCCAUGUUUGCAUUUUCUAUGAAAGACAUUUUAUCUGAAACUUAUAUUAUGCUUUUACUACUAUGGAAAGUAUGGCGAGGAGCACACAGCCGUUUCCAAGGUGACUCACUGAGGACGAGGGUAGUGGGGGAGGGUCAGGGGGUCUUUAAAGCUAGGACAUUCAGUAAGGACUUCCUUUUUAUUGUCUCUGAAAUGGUAGGUUCUCAAAUAUGUCUGUGUGAAAUGCUCUCAAUUUCAAAUGUAGAACUGUGGUAUGGGGAUGUGCAGACAUUAACUGAGAUCUGCCUGUCAGUUCUGUGCCAGCAUGGACUAAAAUAUCCUCUUCAAUGGAAACCAGAACAAACUUCCCAUUUACUUCUACUCAACACAAACAUAUCCCGUCCAAAAUUCCUGUCCAAAUGAUAAUUUCCUGUUUGACUCAGUUCUACAUUUCCACUGCUAACUUUCACUCGUUUCAUGUCUAUAUUUUCCCCUCUGUAUUGUCUAUGCAUAAUUAAAAUGUCAAAUUCUUGCAUCAAUAUUUCCACUUUGCUAGAAGUGGUUUCAGGUGGGGGCACUAGGAGCCCAAACUCUAAUGUCCUAACAUGAACCUCAAUAUAUCACAUACUUUAUGGUUUGUUUACGUUUUAAGAUGGCAAUGUCACACCACAUUUUCUAAAACGAUACUAAAACUGAGACCUUUGCUCCUAGCACAACAAGUUAUAGACCUAUCUUGGUGAACACCACAGCAGUAAUAUGUGCAUUCCAUUAGUCCUGCACCCUGCACACAAGACGGCACACAGGGGGUUAAGACCGAUUUCGUAAACUGUUACUCAACUGUUCUGGUCCAGGGAACCUGUUAGGAGGUUCUCAUUUCCCUUCUGAGCUGCGGCACUGCCCAGUCUCCUCACAGACUCACAGCUCCUGCCGACGAUGAUGGACCUAAAGCUCCUGUUCUUCUCCGUUAUAUUCCUGUGCACUUCCCAGCUGUUUGCAAGGGAAAAAAGUGCUCCGAAGCCCAAUCAACGUAAAGAUGUGGCUCUCGUGACAAACAAGGAAGAACUAUUAUUCAACAACAGAGUCUUCAUGGAAGCCAAAAAACCAAAGAAAAAGGUUGUGACAGCUACAGAUUAUGAUAUCCCAGAUGAUCUGGACCAAGACUCAGGUGGAGCUCAGAAAAGAGAUGAGGAGCUUCCAACUUGCCUGCUCUGUGUGUGUCUGACUGGAUCGGUGUACUGUGAAGAGGUCACUCCUGACAUGACAACCGUGCCUGCACUGCCAAAGGAAACAGCAUAUCUCUAUGCACGCUACAACAAGAUUACCAGGAUAACCAAUAAAGACUUUGCUGAUAUUGCUACUCUGAGAAGAAUCGACCUGACAGGCAAUCUCAUUUCCGACAUCGAGGAUGGAGCAUUCUCAAAGCUUGAUAACCUGGAAGAGCUCACACUGGCUCAAAACAGACUAUCCAAGCUGCCAAUGUUGCCAGCAAAACUCACGGCAUUUAAUGCCGGUUUCAAUUUGCUGAAAACAAAAGGUCUGAAGGCAACAGCUUUUAAGAAACUGACCAAAUUGGCGUACCUCUACUUGAGCAAUAAUGAAAUCGAAGCAAUCCCUCAGCUGCCAGAGUCUCUACGAAUCGUGCAUCUACAGAACAACAACAUAUCCUCCAUGACUGACGAGACAUUCUGCAAGGGCAACAACACACACUACAUCAGAUACAACCUGGAAGAGAUUCGGCUGGAGAACAAUCCUGUUGACCUGGCCAAGUACCCGCAAAGCUUCAUCUGUCUAAGAUCUCUGCCAUUCGGACUAUACUAGUGACCAGGUUAUACAGAAGGGAAGAGAGAGGGUAACUGAGACAUUCUAGGUAGGAUCGGUGUCAAUGUAAGUAUUGUUUUGAGGGAAUAAAAACAUGAAAAUUAAUGAAAAUGGUCACAGAGUGAUAACAUGAUUGAAAUCAGGAGAUUUCUCCUUCUCAGUUAUCAAAAUAUGACAUAUUGAAAGUAAGCAUGUUGAUUUACGAGUAUUAGUCUUUCCAUUAUGUGCUAUAGGUUGAAAUAGCAUGUGUAUAAGCAGGUGACUUUGUACAACUUGAAAUAGCAACUACUAAUCUUUGGCAAGACACUCCUUUAUAAGUUUAUUUCCAGUGUCUUUGGGAUGUGGCCUUAGCGAUGGUCAGUGAUAUGGAAAACUGCCAAUAAGGACCGGAGUCUGUUGGUUGUCUUGACAACAGAGGCCUCGACAUCACUCCUGAAGUCUUUGAUGUUGGUUUUAUUUGUAUUACUGUUACCCGCUAAGACAAUUCACAGAACUGUAUCUUUUACAUUUAAAUUUUUAUUUUAACCAUAUAUUUUUUUUAACCAGUACUGUGGCUUCACUGAAAGGACAUAUAAUUUGGGUUUAGUUGUUGAGGUGACCCUGGAGACAUGUAUGCUAACCAGGAGCUCUAUUCCUUGGUUCAUGUUAAAUAAAAACUUGAAGUGUCUUAAAAAA